GCCAUAAACGCACCGACACCUGAGAUCGGGACAACGAAUCAGACCGAUGAUGAACAUGACAAAAAAUGUAUUUUCUGAAAAAUCGUGAAGGGAGAAAUGGGAACUGAGCUCCUGCAUGACGGGAGUUUGCUGAUGAAACUGUGUCCCGUUUCAGAGAUAUACACCCUGGAGCUCCUCAUCACUAUCUGGUUGUACCAAGAAAACGUGGGCAAUUGUAAAUCUCUCGGCAAAGAGCAUGUACCAUUAGUGGAGAAGUUGGUGGAAACCGGGAAAGAGAUACUUCAGAAAAACAAUGUGACUGAUUUAAAUGAUGUUAGGCGGACCAGUUACUUCAAAGGCUGAGCUCUGUAUGAGCUAAAUGUACAGGAAGUUAGAGGAACUCAAAAUACGUUAGUGUUUGAGAUGCCCAGAGCAACGUUACUCAUAAUAGCAGUCCUAGUCAAUCUGUUUGUGAUGACAAAAGGUCACAGAUAUGUGCCUCGGGGUUAUAAUACUCAUAAUGCUAUGUUUUCUGUUAGUUAUAUUGUCAGCCAGACGGGCUAAUCAAAUUUGAAGCUACGAUAAACUGCAGCUGCUUUUCAAUUGCUUUAGGGGAAAAAGCACGCAAAAUGGUAAUGCAAAAUAUUGAUACAUUUGACAGAAUCAUUAAACUUUUACAGAGAACAGUUGGUAUACUUCCAGUUUUACUGAAGUAAUAUGAUUUUAAGGAUACAGAGCUGUGACAAAGACUUUUUAAAUAUGAAUGAGCUAAAAAUGGUAAUUAAUCUCAAUAAUUAGCUUUGGCCUUUAACCUCACACGAAUGGGUCAUAUCUAUAGCUAAAUGAUUUUGGCAUCAGAAUAUGGCAGUGUUUUUGUAAUUCUGUACAAUCAGUGAUGUUGCAAGAACAGUUCUGUUUUUCUUCCUUCAUAUGACACUAAGUGAAAAGUUUUAACUCUGUUUAUGCCAUGACAUAGAUUUUACUAUAUUGUGUCAGAUGUAUUUAAUUAUUAAAUGAUGUAAGCUCGUAAUUGCACUGUAUAUGCAUAAGCAUGUAAACAAAAUAAAUAAUAA